GGCCGGUGACACAUGCGAAUAGACACCGACGACUAACUAAGACGAUCAACCGACGACAACCUAGAAUGAUAUCACUCCCGUCCUUUUAAGGGGAAGGAUCGUGGGUCAUCUGGUAGUCUGAGAUUACGUGUAUAUUCAGAUGCAUUAUUAACAACUGUGAGAUGCUAUGCAUUAUGGGUAAGACAAAAAUCUCAGGUCUGUGUAUAUUGAUUGCCAUAUCUAUAUUUAUAUUCCUCGUACAGUAUGGAGUGCUCAACAAAGAUUUGAUAUUAACACGGGAUAGGUCUGAUAAUAAAGUGGCAGUUGACAAAUCGCAGCCUAAUCCCAGGGAUGUUGAUUUAAUAAGACAGAGAGAAGAGAAAAUAGAAGAAACUGUUUCACCAGAACACGUUGCACUCAAUACUAUGGAAGAUUUGGAAAACAUUCAGCGUAAACGGAAACUACACGUGAAUCAAAUAUGCAAACAAUAUCCUGAAUUAAUGAGAUGGAACAACAGUAUAUAUGAUAAUCUACUGGUAGACGAUACUUACAAGAUUAUAUACUGUGCAGUACCUAAGGUUGCUAACUCGAAUUGGCGCAGAGUUUUUCUGGUUUUAAGAGGCUCAUUCAAUAACGUGUCAGAAAUAACGAAGAGUGUUUAUAAAUACAAAUACAAAACCCUAAAAGAUUACACAGUUAGGGAAAGACAAAUUCGUCUUCAAACGUACACUAAAUUUAUGUUUUCGAGGCACCCUUUUACAAGGAUUCUAUCGGCAUAUAAAGAUAAAUUUGAAGAGGAUCCUGAAAGGAAUUACGUGGAAAAGUACACUUCUUUAGUGAACAAAGCAAACAAAAGUGAAAAUCUGAAUAGAAAAUUUAGUUUUCAGAAUUUCGUGACAUUUUUAUUAUUAUAUAUACAUAGAUUUGACAAUCACUGGAAUAUAAUCACUUCCUACUGCUCUCCGUGUAACAUUCACUACGACUUUAUUGGAAAAUAUGAAACCUUGAACGAGGAUGUAGAUUUCAUUUUGAAGAAAAUCAACGUAUUUAGCGUAGUCCAGUUUCCUUCGUACGUUCCACACAGCACAAACAGUUCUUCGAUAGACAUAUUGAGAAGAUAUUACAGCGAGCUCACUCAACAACAAUUGCAAGGACUAUAUAACAAAUAUAAAACGGAUUUCAACAUGUUUGAUUACGAUAUCGAAGAUUAUCUUAACAAUUGA